AUGGCAGACGAGGGCUGGUCAGCGCGGCCGCGCAGUUGCGGCGGCGCGGCCGCAGGCUCCAGUGAAAGCCCACUUUCAUCGGAGUGGGGCAGUACGCCACUACCACGAGAACAACAAAAGUGAACGUCGUUGCGUGCGCGUGCGACGCCGUGAGUCGGCGAGUGACCGCCGUGACAGUACGUUCCGGAGCGUGAGUCGCGCGUCUUGUGCGAACCGUGAUCUCGUGAUGACCAGGUGGUGGAUGGUGGUGCUGCUGGCGAGCGCGGCGGCGGCGGGCGGCCGCCUGCCCCGCACCUCGCCGCCCGCGCCGGCGCCGGCGCCUGCGCCCUCUGCUUUGCCAAGAUUGCCUCAAAGGAACCUUACCCUUGCCUCCAGAUCUUCAGUAAGAAACAGGGAGCAAUACAUUUUCAACGUUUUCGAGGUGAUAGUGAGCACUCUAGAGACAAAAUUGCAAAGAAUAGAAAAUCUUGAUAAGGCCGUUGAGCACUUGAUGAGGAGAGUAGAAGCACUUGACUCAAGAGUAAACGACAAUAUACAUAAAACUGAUGCGAUAAUAUCGAAACUUGGAAACCUUGACCUAAAACUGUUUAGUCGCAUAGUCCAAGAGGACCAAGAAAGUGUUACUGAAAAUAAUGCAAAAAGACAAGCGGAAAACAAAAAUAAAAUCAGCGACGCGCAGUUGCUUGACCGAAAAUUAGAGUCAUUAGACCAAAAAGUCUCAAACAUCGACACGAAACUCGUAGGCCUUAAAAAUCAAAUAGACAGUAACUUUUUGCCAGUCGAUGACAUCAAUGCCGAAGCAAGUGAAAAGAAACCUAUCAAUUUAAAUGUAAUAGAAAUUGCAAAAGGUUUGAAUACCGAGGUGGUCAAUGAAAUCACUAAAGAAGUAGACCAACUGAGGAAUUCUGUGUCAACCGUCGAUCGGAAAUUACAAUUUCAUAUAAAUCUUGUGUCUGAAAACUUAGGGAAAGUGCUUUAUAUGAUGGCUGAUGUCCAUGCUGCUAUUGUUGAACCAGAAGAUGCUUCGAUCAAUGUCAAUAGUCUCUUUAAAAAUCGUACAGCGACAAGCACGCAAGCACCCAUUACUAAGAAUAGUAAAAUUGACACUCUAGUCAAUAAGAUUAUACCGAUGAUGAGUGUCUCUGAAAAGAUGGAUGAGGUAUGGGAUGUGGUUGUAGGCACAAAGAGCUCCGUAGACGAUUUGGUGCCAAAAUCAGACGAAUUACUGACUCAGACACAGCGUCAAGAACGUGCCAUAGGGCAGAUACAUAACGAUUUACGAUUAAAGACGAAUCUUAUCAUCGAAAAUUUGGACAUGGUAGAGAAACGAUUGAAGAAACAAGAAGAUGAUGUAGCAACCCUGGCCCAAAGGCCUGUCCCAGCAGAGCUGCUGCUGGACCCGACUAUCGACCGCCUGGUGGAAUACGCACCCAACAGGUACCGUGUGGAUGAGCCUUCCACGGAUCCCAGCACCAGUACCGUAGCUGCCACUACGAUGCCGCCGUCUUCCACUUUCAACAACAGCCCAAGCACGAGCACAUCUACGGCGAGUUCGACGGCGAGCGCGGGCGCCACGGUGACAGUGACGCCAGCCAGCAGCGCCAGCACUGGCAGCACCAGCCCGCGCCCCGCCAGCCGCAAGGGCGGCAUCAUCUUCCCUAGCGUCAAGAACAAGCCUAUCAUCGGGAAUAACACUUUCGCUUCGGAAAUCGUCGCUAACUAUAAAGACGUGAAAGGUUACUCGUGCGUGGACCUUUUGAAUGGUGGCAUGCGCGAGUCUGGUGUAUACUACUUGCAAAUCCGAGGUACCACGUACUGGUUCCUGAAGGUGUUCUGCGAGCAAAACGUCGCCGACGGAGGAUGGACUGUGAUCCAUCGUCGCGACGACUAUGGAGUGCCCGCUGAGAACUUCAAUCGAGACUGGAACGAUUAUAAGAACGGUUUCGGCGACCCCAGCAAGGAGUUCUGGCUCGGCAACGAGAACAUAUACAUGCUGACCAACAACGACGACUACAUGCUGAGGGUCGAACUAGAAGACUUCGACGGCAAUAAGAGGUAUGCACAGUAUUCGCACUUCAAGAUAUACUCGGAAGCGGAAUACUACAAGCUGGAAAUUGAGGGGUACGAAGGAAACGCCGGAGACUCCCUCAACGACCCGUGGUAUGGCUCGAACAACAGCCCGUUUUCUACUUACAACAGAGACAACGACCGAUCAUCGCUGAACUGCGCGUCUAUGCUGAAGGGCGGAUGGUGGUGGAAGUCUUGCGGACGCGGACUCAACGGGCUGUACCUGCACGACCCGCAGGACCUCACGGCCAGACAAGGUAUCGUGUGGUUCCGUUGGCGAGGCUGGGACUACACUUUGAAACGUGCCACCAUGAUGAUAAAGCCCAAGGGCCUGCUUCCCAACACGUGAAGCGGCCCCGACAACCAACGCCCUCCAACUUAUCCAGCCUCUGUUCACUCAUUACCUGGAUUCGAAUCAACAAACUACAUCCAAAUGCCUUUUAAACUGUUUGUCCAAAUUGAACAGAACAUGUCUGUGAUAGCUGCAAUCCAAUUCGACAGAUCAAGUAAACGUCGUAAAAAGAUUAAAACGCGAACAUGCUCUCCGAAUCCAUGUAAUGACAUCGAACAUAGCAGGCAGCUAAGCUCAAUAUUAUGUACCUAUAUCUGUAAAUAAUGUCUCCUAAAUCAUCGUUCAUGUCACUGUCACCGCAUCUUCGCCAUCGUACCAGUAAAAUGUGUCCCGUUGUAAAUAACAGAUGCCAGACUAUUUCAAAGUGCCACAUCACACCCCAAAUUCAUUAAUUUAUUACUCAUGUAAACUUGAUACAUAAAAAAAACUUUCGUUAAUUAGGUUUAUAAUUUAGAUUUAAGUAAUUUUUGUAAUAAGAUGUAAAUAAUAAUAAUUAUACAGCGAUCGAUAAGAUGCAAACAAAAUGACAAUACCUUAAUGUAACUUAAGACAUAUUAUGACCGUGUAAAUUUAUGUGGAUCAAAAAUAUCAAAAUGAAUAUCUACCUUAAUUUACAUCUAUCUAUAAAUAUAAAUACACUAUAUACUCUGACAUACAUAAUAUCAUAUGCUAUAAGGUAUAUUCCUAAUAACAUUAUGUAUAGUUGCACUAUAUUCUAUUGUAUUUAACCACUAGCACUUACACAUCAACGUACCUGAUAUAUAUAGCAGCAAAGUUCGUGUGACACCUCGCACAACAUAAUAUAUACUAUAUACAAUAAUUAUAUAUACGGACACAAUAUACUUAUACUUACACAAUUCAGAAAUCCAAAAAAUCACAGCUUUUACACUUGUAAACUGCCGGCUCGUUACUAACACCAGCCAACAUUGUAAACAAUAAUAUGUCCUCAAGCAAUGAUCAGUAAUAAUCCAUACUGUACUUUAUGCCUAUAUUUCAGGAUUAUUUAUGAUUCAUUGUUCGAUAUGUAACUGUACACAGUUAUAAGUUACAUACACGAAUAUUUUAGUAAAUAAAUACACGUAUUUUUA